AUGGUCGACCCUACUUCCCAUAUGGUCUUAGAAGUAGAACAUCACGAUUCUUCUGGCAGGACUAUUUUCCGACCAGUCGAGAGUUCGACCCCAGAACCUCGGAGACUGACACAUUUGUCAGCUCCUGCCCCGGAGAAAAAACUGACACUUUUUGCCUUACGACUUGCUGUUCUUGAGAAGAUUGCUUCACGGUUGGGAUCUUUAGGGUUCGUUUGGGCAACAGUUGUUCUUCUUGGUGGAUUCGCAGCAGAUUUAGAGACAACAGAUUUCUGGUUUGUCACUGUGAUUCUUGUCGUGGAAGGAGCUCGGAUUUUCAGCAGAAGCCAUGAGCUUGAGUUGCAGCAUCAGCCUAAGUACACAAUCUCUGGAAUCAACAGCUUCAGGUUCCUUGUCAGACAAGUUAUUCAAAUAUUCCACCAGAUUUCGGGUAGAGAUCGUACAGACGAUACAGAGGUUCAAGAAACGAGAAGAGAGCAGAGGAACUCAGGGCAGAUCGCACGGACAAGGACAUGGAAAAGCUCAGAUGUUCCUAUGUUGCCUUACACAGGAUGGGUUUUUGUUUCAAGAAACGUUAGUAGAGUCUUUUACUGGCUCCAGAUUGCUUCUGGUUUCGCAAGCAUUGUUAUCUCAGUGACCAAGCUCAUCAAGCAAGACUAUGGAGGCAAAAGCACCAAUCUUCACCCUUCUUUGACGCUCUUCUACUCUCUAGCACUCGCCGAGGCUCUUCUCUUUCUUGCUGAGAAAGCUUACUGGGAAUGGAUGAUCAGCGUUUUCAAGAUUCUUGAUAAAGUGAAUCAAGAAUGUGGUCUAGAGGGAUUUGGAACCGAUUCAGUGAGAAGAUUCUUCUACAAUGCUUACUCGAGGUGUCUAAAUGGGAGCAUCUUCGAUGGAUUGAAGAUGGAUAUGGUGAUUUUCGCCAUGGAGCUUUUGUUGUCCAACUCUCCUGAUGAGCAGCUCACUGGAGCAGAGAUUCUCUGUAGAUUCUCCUCAAACGAGAACUAUUCGGUUGAUACUCUGCAGAAGAUUGGGACUAAUCUUGAGAUCAUAGAGAGGUUGGUUGAGAUGUUGAAUUGGAGAAACAAGAAUCAAGAAGUUAUGAGAAUGUCAUCUGCAGAGAUUCUCUCAAGAUUAGCUAGCAAGAAGCAGAAUUCUCUGAGAGUUACAGGGAUUCCAGGAGCGAUUGAGUCGAUAGCUUCUAUCUUAGAAAGCACAAGAGAUUCAGGUCAAGCCACAGAUGAGCUUGGAGAAAACAGUAUUAACCAAACCGAUUUGUGGUCGCUCAACAAUCUUGGAUUGUUGAUUCUGAAAAGGUUAGCUAGAGAUCAUGAUAACUGUGGAAAGAUUGGGAAAACAAAAGGGUUGCUUUCAAAGAUCAUUGACUUCACUUAUGCUGAGAAGAGGUUGUUGAAGGACUCAAAUCUUGCUGUUUCUGAAUCUAAUAAGCUCUUGGCUGUGAAACGGUCUUUGAAGCUGUUAAGGAGGCUGGUGAAAACUACAGGUGCAACGGGGAGAAACUUGAGGAGAGAUAUCUCUGGAGUUGUCUUCACAGUGAGCAACAUUAGAGAAACAUUACGCCAUGGAAAGAGAAGGCCUGAAUUGCAGAAGCUUGGUGCAGAGAUCUUGACUUUUCUUGCGCUCGAUGAAGGUGCAACCGAGAAGAUUGGUGGCACUGGUGGGGUUUUAAAGGGACUUCUCUGCAUAUUCUUGAACGAUAAGAUUCCAGAGGAUCAGACUAGUGGUGUGAGAGUAUCUGCUGGUGAGUCUAUAGCUAUGCUAGCUCAAGGAAGUCAAAGCAAUUGCCAAAGGAUCUUAAGAACAGAUGAUAUUCUUCAGGGACUUGUUAAGGCGUUGAACAAUCCGUUGGUUUGGUUGAAUGCAGGGAGAAUCUUGCGAAAUCUUUGUGCAUAUACAGCUCCUGAUAAGUUCAAUGAACAGCUUAAGGAAGUUAAAACUGCAGGAGCAACAGUUCUUAAAGCGAUAAAGUUUGAAGAGAUGAAAAUUCAGGAAGUAAUGGUGGGAUUAGCACCGCAUAUUCUCAAGUUAAUGAGCCCUGAAGAAUCAAGAACAAUGUUCAAGGAAGCAGGAGUAAGCGAGGAAGAACUAGCCGAUGCAUUAGUCAAGAUUCUCAAGAGAUAUGAACAGCCAGUGCCAAAGGUUCCAAGAAUCAGGAGAUUUGCAAUAGAGCUAACCAUUCAGAUGAUGAAAGCUAAUCCUGAGACGGUCAAGAAUUUCCAAAACCUUGGGAUGAAGAAUGAAUUAGAGACAGUCUUUGAGACCGCGUCUGAGCUUGAGAACUUUGAUAUAUUCUCGGGCACUGUUGGUUUGGCACGCCAUGGCUCAACGAUCAAUGAACUUAUUGAAGAAGCAAUGCUGUUGUUGAAUUAG